AUGUUUGAUGUGUUACCCCAAGAUGUUACCAGAGAAGGCAAUGACCAUGGCUACAUAUUCAUCAAGAAGAACUGCUCUUGUUUGUUCAGGAACGAAAUCUAUGCGACUAACACUACAUAUACAGUGAAAUUCAGUGAGGGUUAUGUUUAUGACGUUGUGAUCAAUGCUUAUGAUGGGCUUGGUUUCUUGCCCAAUACAACAAGACCCGCAAAGUUUGGUGCUGUUGUGUCAUUGAGGUUGUUUUGUGGGUGUUCAAGUGGUCUGUGGAAUUAUUUGAUGAGUUAUGUGAUGAAGGAAGGAGACAGUGUUCAGUCAUUGUCUAGUCGCUUUGGUGUUAGUAUGGACAGUAUUGAGACAGUGAAUGGGAUUCAGAAUCCUGAUAAUGUUACAGCUGGUGCACUGUAUUAUAUCCCUCUGAAUUCAGUUCCUGGGGAACCUUAUCCUAUGGAGAAUGAUAUUCCUCCUGCUCCUAUUCCUGCACCAUCUGAUGAUAGUUUCUCAGCAAUUCCAGCAAUUCACAAGGCUCAUGUACCAUAUGGAUGGAUCAUAGGGGGUCUUGGGAUCGGUCUUGCACUGAUCAUUUUAUGUAUAAUUAUCUGUGUGUCCCUGAGGUCCUCUAGUUGCUUUUCCGAAUUUCAAGGAAGUCAUGUCAAGUCCCCUGAUGGCAAGAUUCCUCAUAAGUUUCAUAUUCUUCGAAAUCCAAGUUUUUUUUGUACUUCAGGAAGGUCCAUCUGCUGCAAAUCUGGAGACUGGAAUCAAACAAAUGGGGAGCCUAGCAGCCACCAGAUCACAAUACCAAAAGGUCUAGGAACUGAUGUAUUUGAAAUGGAAAAGCCUGUGGUUUUUACAUACGAAGAAAUUCUUUUUGCAACUGAUGAAUUUUCAGAUUCAAGUCUUCUUGGACAUGGAACAUAUGGUUCUGUGUACUAUGGUCACCUUCAUGAUCAGGAAGUUGCUAUUAAGAGAAUGACUGCUACAAAAACUAAAGAAUUUACAGCUGAGAUGAAAGUCUUGUGCAAGGUCCAUCAUACAAAUCUGGUAGAAUUGAUUGGCUACGCAGCCAGUGAUGCCGAGCUCUUCCUGAUCUAUGAAUAUGGGCAAAAAGGUUCACUUGGAAACCAUUUGCAUGAUCCUCAAAAUAAGGGUCAUACAUCUCUUUCAUGGACCAUGCGGAUCCAGAUUGUGCUUGAUGCAGCUAGAGGCCUGGAGUACAUCCACGAGCACACUAAAACACACUAUGUCCACCGGGAUAUCAAGACAAGCAACAUCUUACUUGAUGGUUCCUUCAGGGCCAAGAUUUCAGAUUUUGGAUUGGCAAAACUUGUCGGGAAAACUGGUGAGGGAGAAGCUACAGCAACAAAAGUUGUUGGUACAUAUGGUUAUCUAGCACCAGAAUACUUGAGGGAUGGCCUUGCCACAACCAAGAGUGAUGUUUAUGCAUUUGGUGUUGUUCUUUUUGAGAUCAUAUCUGGGAAGGAAGCCAUAAUACAAACUGAAGGUGCAGCAACAAAAAAUCCUGAAAGACGUUCGCUUGCAUCCAUUAUGCUAGCAGCUCUUAGGAACUCACAUGACUCCAUGAGCAUGUCAAGCUUGAAAGAGCUCAUUGAUCCUAGUAUGAUGGAUUUGUAUCCCCAUGAUUGUGUAUUCAAGUUGGCCAUGCUUGCAAAGCAAUGUGUGGAUGAGGAUCCCAUCCUACGGCCUGACAUGAAGCAGGUUGUGAUUGCCCUGUCACAAAUUGUUUUAUCCUCCAUUGAGUGGGAAGCAACUCUUGCUGGGAACAGCCAACCUAGGCAAGUUGGGAUUAUAAUGAGGAGUUCACAAUCAUUGUGUGCACUCUUAAUGAAUUCAAUGAUUGUGCAUGACAUCUUCCCAGUCAAGCCCAUUGCUUUUGACCAACCCAUUGGCCUUGUUCAAAUUUUACCUGAGACUGCUCUCCAGAUUCUCCAUCCGUUGGAGGAUGAUGGCCUCCGCGAGAUGCUGGAUGAUUGCCCUAUUUGCUUGAAGGACUUUUCAUCGUCUGCUGCUACUUAUGCGUAUUAUGCUGAAGUUUCUGAGAUUUAUGAAGCAGUAUAG